CCCUAAUUGAAACUCCACAGCACGGUUUACCUGUAUUAAGCUACGUUAAAUACCGCGCUGUAUCCUGCCGGUAGUACUUUACAUUAUACACGUUCUGCUUGCAGUCACGAUUUGCACCGCGUAAGCGUCAGUAAUAUAAAGCUAAUGACCAGCAUAUUUGAAGGCCUUCCCCUAUAGGGGCCCAUAAAUGCCGCCGCUCGGCAGAAUUAGUGACGACUGAAAGUAAAGCAAAGGCUUUACGAAGUCAAGCAGGCGCGAUCAAUACAUAGUUUGCAGCGGGAUAGCUUGCAACCAUGGGGAAAUACGCGCAGAUCGUGAUCGGCCCAGCUGGCUGUGGCAAGUCAACCUACUGCAACCACCUGUACGAGCACUGCCAAGCCAUCAAGCGCUCCAUCCAUGUCGUCAACCUGGACCCCGCCGCCGAGUCCUUCCAGUACCCGGUGUCCCUGGACGUGCGCGACCUGGUGUCGCUGGAGGACGUGGUGGAGGAACUGGGGCUGGGACCCAAUGGCGGGUUGUUGUACUGCAUGGAGUACCUGGAGGAGAACCUGCACGAGUGGCUGGGUACGGAGCUGGAGGGCUACGGCGAUGAUGACUACCUGGUGUUCGACUGCCCCGGCCAGAUAGAGCUGUACAACCACCUCUCCGUCUUCCGUACAUUCGUCGACUUUCUAAAGUCCGACGGCUGGUCGGUGUGUGUGGUUUACUGCCUGGAUGCGCACUUCAUAACGGAUGUGGCCAAGUUCAUGGCAGGGGCGCUGCAGGCCCUGGCCGCCAUGGUGAAGCUGGAGUUGCCGCAUGUCAACAUCCUCACCAAGAUAGACCUGCUGGAAGAUAAGCGGCACCUGGACGACUUCCUCUUCCCCGACCCCGCCCUGCUGCUGCCCCAGCUAGCAGCGUCCACCGGACCCCGGUUCAAACAGCUCAACACCGCUAUGGCGGGGCUGCUGGAUGAGUUCAGUCUGGUGUCGUUCCUGCCGCUGGACAUCACAGAUGAAGACAGCAUUGCGGACAUCCUGGGGCAGAUCGACAUGGCCAUACAGUACGGCGAAGACGCGGAGCCGCGCAUCCGGGAUGAGUACGAAGGAGGGGAUGAGGAGGAGGGGGAUGGAGACGGUGGCGUUGACAUUUAGGUGCCGGUAUCCACUAAAGCAAAGGAGGAUAGGACCUGGUGAGGAGGAGGAGGAGGAGGAGAUGCCGCCAAAGAAGAUGCGGAGGGAAAGCGUUGUGUUUGCUUAUGCUUGUAGUCGUCCCUUUGCUUGCUUCAGCUCCCAUUGGCGGGAUUCAAUGCCGGGAAUGCGUAUACCCUGCACGCGAGGUGAGGGGCGCACCGGGUAUCUGUGGCGGCAGGCAUUCAUGUGGCACCUGCUACACUCUUGGUCGCGGUUUCGUUGGUUAAAGGUUGGCGUGUUGAUGGAGGAGGAGAAACGUGAUACUUGUCUAUGAGGAGCAGAGCCUGACGUGCCUGGCACGUUCUUAAUACGAUGACCCACGGGUCCGUCAAGUAGACGUUUGGCCCCCAAGCGGGCUACUUCCGCUGCUGCUGAUGGUUUUCUGCAGCUGGGGAGGCUGAAGUUUUUACGGCUUGUGUCGUACACGAUGCGGCGUGGCGGUUGUGGCGAUUUCCGUUGGGCAGGACGCAAUUAAGAAGGCGAUCCUUCGCGCAAUUAAUGAAGCCCCGCUCCAAGCAGUCCGGCCAGGGUCCGGCUGCCGAGUUCCUAGUGCAGCUUUACUUGCUUGCACAGGCGGAAUGCUGGGUUCGCUUUAGCGGGUGCGCAACGGACAU